GACAGGCAUCGGGCCCCUGGCGGGGGCGACCGGCAUCGGGCCCCCAGGCGGGGCGACGGGCAUCGGGCCCCAGGCGGGGCGACGGGCACCGAGUCACCAGGCACGACAGUGGGCUCCGAGUCAACUGGCAUGACCGCUGGCACUGGGUCAGACAUUGGAUCGUCUGGCUGGACAGCGGGCAUCGGGUCACCAGGCAUCAGGUCAUUUGGCUCGACAGCGGGCUCCGCGUCAUCUGGCAAGGCAGUGGGCUCCGAGUCAACUGGUAUGACCGCGGGCACUGGGUCAGACAUUGGAUCGUCUGACUGGACAGCGGGCAUCGGGUCACCAGGCAUCAAGUCAUUUGGCUCGACAGCGAGCACCGCGUCAUCUGGCAAGGCAGUGGGCUCCGAGUCAACAGGCACGACAGUGGGCACCGGGUCAUCAGGUACCAGAUUGUCUGGCUCGACAGCGGGCAUCGGGUCACCAGGCAUCAGGUCAUUUGGCUCGACAGCGGGCACCGCGUCAUCUGGCAAGGCAGUGGGCUCCGAGUCAACAGGCACGACAGUGGGGCACCGGGUCACCAGGCAUUGGAUCGUCUGGCUCGACAGCGGGCAUCGGGUCACCAGGUACCGGAUCAUCUGGAUCAACAGCGGGCAUUGAGUCAACUGGC